UGGACAUGGAGAGCUUCACGAAGGCGCAUCCCGACCCCGAGGGUAUCACCCCCCUUGAUGUUAUUUUUUCCUGCUGUGUCUGCCACGCUACAUUCUCCGAGGUCUACGAUGGAUGCUCCACUGUCCAAGGCCUCUCCGACGGCAUUAACCCAAAGGAGCGCCUCGUCACGAAGCUCUGGCUCUCUAGCUGUUGCCAUGUCAUCUGCAGCAAGCACCUCGAAGGUGGCGCCCCGCCUUUUCACCCCGCAGGAACCCGACCGCGCGCGCCAUGUCCAGUGUGUGCGCAGGAGAGGGGCGAGGACCGACCUCGCGAGCUGUACUCGGUCCGUGGCUUCACCGAGGGCGAGUUCGACAGCGCUAUACCAGCUUGCUGGUUCACGACCCCCCCAAUCAAGCUGGAUGCGGCCGGAAAGGAAAUGGAGGCUCUGAGAUUUCAAUAUCUAUCCCUCGUUCGCUAUGCGAAGCAGCUCACUGGAGAUCAUAAAGAAGCCAAGGGGAAGUUAGAUGAGGCCCAAAACAGUGUCAUGUGUCUCCAAAGGCUUAGAGCAGAGGAACAGACCAAGCUUUCAACCUUAGAAGAAGAGAACGAGCGAUUACACGCCAUGGAGCCUGAGUUGCAGAAGUUCAAGAUGAGGAUGCCUGCGAUCGAGCACUACUUGAAGCAGAUCCCGCGCAUGGUUGAGCAAAACGAGCAGAUGAAAGGACAGCUUGCGUCGCUUGGCUACUACAUACCAGCCGAGACAUUCGCUUAUCACAAGGCGCCAUAUCCCUUCGAUGAGAACGAUAAUGUUAUUGCAGACGCCUUCGGGCAACCCAUGGAUUCAUCUUUGAAGCGGACAGCUUCAAGCCACACGGCAGGACGUUCAUUAGUGACCAUCGAGGCAAGGAACUCUGUGGAUGUUCCGCUCUCUUCCAGCCCUCAGGCACGGCCAGCCAAGAGACAGAAACCUAACUCUGGAUCCACUGAACAAAAUAUUCAUGCUCCGCCACCAUCCAGACAGAAGCUUCAUAGUCGUGACUUGAUGCCUCCUCCAAGUGGACCACUUUCGAAGAUGAAAUCCAUGAGGAGGCUUUGGCCUUUGCGCAAGAAGUCACCAAAUAUCUCGCUGCCAUCUCCUGCCCUUGAUAGUCAAGGCUCUACAGGAGACGUACAGAUGUACGACAAUGGGCACUGGGAACAUGUUCAGCCGGUAUUACACGCCAACGUUGCCGCCGACGACCGGCCACCGACGCGUCAUGGAUACCAGUAUGAUGGGACACCUUACAUGACGGGGGCAUUACCGGACGGCCACUCCCCCUAUCCUACCAAUUCACCAAACCAACACCAAGAAUCAAUCGGAACUAUGGUCGAAGAUGCACAUCACCCCACCACCACGGGACCUUUAGGUCCGUCAGGUGGUCUGCCAAGCGAGCCAUCCUAUAUUCGUCUGAUGGAUGGCCUGUCCUGUGAUACCAGGCUGGAAUUGGAGCUUCGGGACCCUCGCUCCAAGAGAUCCGGGCAAUCUCACACGAACGCCGGGUUUGGACAGCAUUUUGGCGCAACUAGAGGUCAGACUCUUCCUCACAACCAUGCUGGACAACAGCAAAUUAGGUUCGGGCACGCGUUCCCCAAUCAAUCGCCGAAUGCCCCUUUCUCUCCAGCAUGGCGAAAUCGCCAUCCCGAUCCUCUCCGGUCAAAUCCUCCACAUGUCUUCGUUAAAAGACCUAUUACCCGACCUUCGGUAAAUCCUAUCACACCAGCACCCCUGCGUUUUCAACAACCGGCUGAACGAGCCGAGAGUGUAGUGAGUCCCUUCUUUAAAAAUUGUGAUCGUAAUGCGCAAGUAUAUUCAAGAGCUGGAGUUAAUGACCGUGUUGCCAGUUCACAACCUUCCGGAGGUUAUCACUCUCACGUGGCCAGGGUGGCCUCGGCUCAGGCAGACUGGCAUGAACCACGAAGUCUGAAUGGCUUGUCGUUCUUUAAUUCGCCGCGUAAUACUAGGAAUGAACCAAUUCCCUACGAUUCUGGAUAUGGCGGGUCCGGUCAUUUUGUACCAUCAGAACCGCAUUAUGCAUCUGGAAAUAUCGACGGCCGAGGCUUCAUCAGGAGGCAAGAUGCACGAAUUUCGCCCUACAGAAGUGGGAGCGCAUAUGCGUCCUCUUUUAAUCGUCCAUGUUAUCCCCAGCAAGAAAAAGCGCUUCCUCCAUUGCGGCUUCCUUCCCUUAAUCGACCAUCGCAUUCACGAGCCGUUCCUCUCCCGUCUGCCAUGCCGUCCAUUGUCUCUAGCCACCGGACCUCGGUCCGUUCGUCCAGGUCACAGUGGGAUGAACAAGCGUCGACAGGUGCGAGGAGCGGCCAACAUUCACGGCCGCAUAUCCCGGGAAACACAUUUGUGACCUCAAGAAACAUUUUCUCCAGUGCCGGGCGUCGUAGUGUUCGUCGAUGAGUCUACGUUGAUUAGUGUCAUGCUUAUGAACGACCCGCUUCCAAUUUUUGCCAUCUCUGUCUUGCGUUCUAUGGCACCAAUUCCCCCACUAAUAAUUGACUCUCACCCGAUGAGCCCCUGAGGAUUGUGUUGAGUCUUCCACGUACGUCGCUAUCCAGCUAGACUAUUCUGGGAAGACUACCUGGGUGGUCAUCAAUGCACAGUUGUAUUUGGCGGGUCUUGUAUGUAGGGCAGUAUUCUGUCUGUGUCUUCUCUAGUCCUUCACCCUGCUCAAUAUACCCA